AGAAGCCAACAUGUACACGUAUAUGAUUAAUUAAGAACAUAUAUUUUGAAUAACAAACAACCAGCAGGGGAUCCUUAAUACCUUUGCAGCUUUUUUUAUAUAUAACAGACAGAUCGCUCAUUGUUUACAUCUCUAUAUUUAGAUAAUCGCAUCAUCAACAAAGUAACCACUCGGUGCUCCUCGGAUAGUUCGUGCCCCGCACGAGUGUAUUGUCGACUUAUUAAUGGCUGCUUAAUUAUAUAUUUAUAGCACCGGGUUAUUUUCAUAGAAAUGGACCCCUUUAGAAUUUCACCGAUGAAUACAACCCUAAAACAUAUGUCCGGGUCAGUGUUCAAGGGACUGUGUGAUAAACUUGGGACUUCACAGGUGGUGGCCAUGAGGAGAGAUGUGAUGGACAUCAGUGAUAUGGUGGAAACUCGAUUAGGGAGAACAAGUGGUGAGAAUAGUGUGAAGAUGAGUGGAAGUCAUAAAGAAGGAUUCAGACUGGAAGGAUCAGAUAUUGACAUGAUGUUAUGGCUAAAUGGUCACCAUGUGAUCUGGGAAUUAUCUCAGUCUCAGUAUUACAACACACAAAGACAAACACUGAUCCUCUGUGACUGUUCUGAAAGUCCACCAGGAUACACUUUGCUAUAUUUACUGUCACCAAGCAUGGACAGACAUGUCCAGAGAGCUUGUUUUAAAAUGAAUAACAGAUAUUACAUAUCGAGUUCGGAAUACAGAAAGAUUUGGUGUUCAUACCUAUCUGACUCCAUUCCACAUGGACCCUGUGUCAGUGGGGUUUAUUUUGGGGAAAAGGAAUAUGAUUCUGCCUAUUGUUUUGCUUGUGACUUUUGGCCUCCACCUGCUGCGUCAUGGAAAGACAGAUGUCACUUAUGGCCUAAGUCUAAUAUUGUUGACAAGAUAGAAAAAAAUGGAUGUCACCUUGUAGCAAUAGGACAUACAUCAGGACAUCAUGUACACAAUGAAUGGAGAAUUUCUUUCUCUCUAGCAGAGCAUAAACUUGUGCGUGCUAUGAAUCACUGUCAAUUCUUAACUUAUGGCUUGCUGAAAUUGUUCUUAAAAGAAAUAAUUAACAAUGAUAAUGCCAUAAGUACUGGUGACAAAUUACUGUGUUCCUACCAUAUGAAGACAGCAGUUUUCUGGGUGGCACAACGAAAUACAAUACCUCACUGGUGUCCACAAAAUCUCCUGGAGUGUUUCUGGGUCUGCUUUAAACUCAUCCUCAAGUGGGUGUAUGAGAGAGUCUGUCCUAACUUCUUCAUUCCGCAAAACAACAUGUUUCUGAGUAAAGUCCACGGUGAAGCACAGCAUCAGCUAUUUAUAAGACUGUAUGGAUUGUAUGAGAAAGGUUUAGCAUUCCUUCUAAAAAGUCCCUCCAUUAGGUCUUGUAUAAUAAAUGUCCUUCACAACCCCCACCUCUCUAUCUGUACAGAUGAACAUACUCUGAUUUCUGAGACUGAGUUUGAUAUUCAACUAUAAGGGGAGUUAGACACACAUGACGCAAUAUCACUUUACAUACUAAACCUAAAAUAUUGUAUGAAGUCCCUACAUAUAAUAGAACAGAUGAUGGGUUCACCCCGCCUGACACAGUACCAAGUCUUGAUGCUGCAGAAACUUACAACAUCUGUCCUUCAGCAAACUGUUUUUAUAAUAGACAGGGAAACUUACACACUUAAAAACAAACUUAGGUAUAGAGCUAACAAAAUCUCCUGUUACAUGCUGAAAAUAGCGGCUAAGUUUGGUUGUAUUUCUGACAUGAUGUACAUAGCCAUGUAUUAUUAUGAGACACUUAGAUUCAUGGAAGCUUUAUCUAUUAUAGAGAUAAUCAAGGUCAAGUUAACACAGCAUUAUGUUAUUCAUAGAUAUGUAGACACAGAGAUGUAUACUGAGGCUGUAGGGGGACAGUCCUGGUCUACAGAGAUGUAUACUGAGGCUGUAGGGGGACAGUCCUGGUCUACAGAGAUGUAUACUGAGGCUGUAGGGGGACAGUCCUGGUCUACAGAGAUGUAUACUGAGGCUGUAGGGGGACAGUCCUGGUCUACAGAGAUGUAUACUGAGGCUGUAGGGGGACAGUCCUGGUCUACAGAGAUGUAUACUGAGGCUGUAGGGGGACAGUCCUGGUCUACAGAGAUGUAUACUGAGGCUGUAGGGGGACAGUCCUGGUCUACAGAGAUGUAUACUGAGGCUGUAGGGGGACAGUCCUGGUCUACAGAGAUGUAUACUGAGGCUGUAGGGGGACAGUCCUGGUCUACAGAGAUGUAUACUGAGGCUGUAGGGGGACAGUCCUGGUCUACAGAGAUGUAUACUGAGGCUGUAGGGGGACAGUCCUGGUGUACAAAGAUGAGAAAGGCUGUGGCACUGGAUAUCAGACUUAGCAAUGAAAUCCAUUACAUCAGGGAACUGAUACCAGAACAGCAGUCUGCUUUACAGAACAUUAAAGCUAACUCUUCAUUACGUAUCCCACCCUUUGUCCUGUUAUAUAUGCUAGAGAUCUUGUGCUACAAACAUGUAGGCACAAUGAGAGCACAAACAGCUCUAAAUGAUCUACAGACCCUAGUUCACUGCUCUAUACUCAUACCAACAAUCUCUCAGACAAAGACCAUUUCACAAAUUACAGACAGCUACAGAAAUGAGAAUUCAGAGAACUUCACACUAAGAUGUCUAGAUUAGUUAAAUAAAUGAGACAUUUGUAGAUUCCUAUCUAGUACAAUUAUUACCGGUAAUUUGAAAUUUUCUUCUUCAUUAUGUA